AUGCCCCUGCAGCAGCCAUGGCUACUCUCCAGUCGAGCUCUACGCCGACCCCUUCCCUACAAAUCAAACCUUAACCCAUUACAAUUCCGAUCGGUCCUCCACCACAAUUUCUCCACCUCCCCAAUCCGCCCAUACCGACCUCUCGACACCCUCCCCGACUCGCGCAUCACCACCUUCCAACAACAAUGUUUUCUCCCCGAGAAACCCGCCAUCCUCCCUCGCUCCGAGUUCCUUAAUACACCUGCUCGAACAAAAUGGUUCCAAGACACGAGUGAUGACAGCAAUGGCAAUGGCAAUGGCAAUGGCUCGCCGACAAACGGACCCGAUCCCAAUCAACCAAUCGCCAGCCUAAACACCGAAUACCUCCAAACCCACGCCGCGGACGCCUUCGUCCCCCUCGAGCUCACGGAACUAGUCAACCCACUCGCUUCAGAAGUACGAAGCUUCCGCCAAUUCCACGCCCCGCUACACCUCUUCCUAGAAUGGAUGCGCGUGGCCAAGACCUCGCCCCAAGCAACGAGACUCUACCUAGCACAGUGUCAACUCCUCGACCUACCUCCCGUGUUGCGCGACGACGUGCCGACUCCAGAUAUAGUCGCGCGUGCUGGGAAGGGCGAUGUUUACGAUGCGAAUGUCUGGAUUGGCCAUCCACCGACCUAUACGCCUCUGCACCGUGAUCCGAAUCCGAAUCUCUUUGUUCAACUUGCGGGGCGCAAGAUUGUCAGGCUGCUCGCUCCGGAGGAUGGUCAGGCUGUUUUCGCGAGUGUUAGGAGGUCGUUGGGGAAGAGUAGUGAUCGGGGUGCGGCGGCGAUUCGUGGGGAGGAAAUGAUGCAGGGGGAAGAGCGGGCGCUGUUGGAUGAGAUGGUCUGGGGUGUUCCUGUUUCUGCUGGUUCAGAAGGGAAGGGGUUUGAGGCCGUGCUGGAUGCUGGGGAUGGGUUGUUUAUUCCAAAGGGAUGGUGGCAUAGUAUUAAAGGUGUUGGGGAGGGCGUUACUGCGUCGUUACUGGGAAGACCCGCCCGGUUGAUCUCCGACUCCCCGACUCCGACUCACCUCCACCUCCGCCUUGAACCACUUUUCGCCUCCGCAGCCCCAACCCAACCACCAGACCGUGGCAGCAUGCAACUAUCGCGAACAGCCUACCGCGCCGCCCUCCUCCACCUCAGCGUGAACCCUCUCUUCACCCGCGCCUCAAUUCACCAACCCAGCUGGAGCCUCACCACGGCAACACCCCAACCCCCAAGCUCGCGCCUCUACACAAUUCUCUUCCCACAGUGCAAAACCAACACGCGACAAGCCCAUACAAUGUCCACCUCAACACCCGACACCAACACCAACAACCCCAACCAAGAGACCUCCUCUGAGCCCCAAAAUCCCGGCCCAGAACAAGCGCAAGAGCAAAAGCAAGAGCAAGAGCAGCUCUACCUCCCCGAAACCGCCUCCGCUCAAGAAGGCCAACCAAAGAACCUUCGCCUAGACCUUGGCGCGGACGGCGGCGUCUCGCUGGACCAUCUCGGUCCUAUGGUCGUGAAUGUUGACGGGACGUUGUCCCGGAUCAGUAAUUGGGAUCAGAUGACGGAGAUGGAACAGAAGAGUACGCUGCGAGUCCUUGGGAAGCGGAAUAAGCAGCGGUUGGAGGCUUUGAAGGCUCAGGGCGUGGAGUAA